AUGGAUUAUACCUAUGAACAUGUUUCAGAUGAUAACUCUCACACUGACCUUUAUUCUGAUCCAUAUCCUGACUCGUAUCAUGACCCGUAUACUAACUCUGAUAUUGGACCUCAAGAUAAUAGUGAACCUUCUAACACUGCAACUAGGGGAAAGACUACUCAAGAGUCUGUGGAAGAGCAACGUGUAAAAAAAAUACGCGUAAAUAUUACCAAUCAAGUUGAUAACAAGAGCUAUGUUUGGAAAUAUUUUCAGCCGGAAAAGGGUCGUGAUGUUU